AUGAAUGUCCGCCAGUGGCCCGGUGUCAGCGUCUGGUAUAAAGGAUUCGGGACUGUGCCUGAGGCAGAAGGCAGCCUAGGUCUGCGGGCCUUGGUUUCCCCUCUGGCAGAGGGAGCAGGUGGGGGGCGGGGUGGGCAGGCCCCCAUCCCCCAGCUUGGCCCGCAAACCCGCCCCGGGCAGAGUAGGGACCUGGGCGCAGCCCUGGACACGGCCUUUCUCCCCAAGCCCUUCAAGCCCCCAGGCCCGAGGGCACUCCGCAGCUGGAUCCCGUGGCUGGACCCCCCUCCCCCGCUGCAAAGCCAUGGGGAUGCAAAUUUCCCGGACCAGCUGCGUCUCCCGGGCCAGAGGCUCCCUCUCGCAGCCCGUAGAGUGGCUGCAUCCGCCCGCCCCCACGCAGCGUCCGCCCCCGAGGAUCACUCGGGAUGGGGUAAGCUGGAGGGGGCGACGCGAGCUGCUAACCCAACGUCCGGACUCUCCAACCUCUGGAGCCCACGGGAUGCUGGGACUGGGACCCGCACUCCUGGUGCCUUCCCUCCACACCUUCGAGGGGCCAGGCUUGUUCAGUCUGGGAGCUGGUCCCUCCACCCAGCUGCCGGAGUUUCAUACCUUUCAGAGAACACGGCAGGGAAAGCAGCACGAACACCGUCCGCUCUAAGGCGCGCCAUCCGGCCCGGACCCCUCACCACCCGUCCCAGCGCUUCCGGGAGUAACUGGCUAGAUGGCGUGGAACAUGGCUGCUGGCCCGGCCCAGCGGCCCGGGUGUGGGGCGGGCGUGGGGGGGGUUGGGCCUCCAGAGGGAAGGGUGGGGUCUAGAAGCAAGGAGAAUGCCAAGGUGUGCGGGGUGAGGAGACGGGGAGACGUCAGGAGAGGGCCCUCUCGCGUGCAGAGUUAAGUAUUGGAGGUGCAACGGUUAAGUGCUUGGCUAACUGAAAGGUGGGCCGUUGGAACCCACCAGCUCAAGGGUUGAAAAGAUCUGGAGAUGGGCUCCCGUAAAGAUUCUAACCAAACAAAAUCCAAACCAGUUGCUGUUGAAUCAAUUCCGACUCAUAGUGACCCUAUAGGGCAGAGCAGAACUGCCCCAUAGGGUUUCUAAGACUAUAAGUCUUUACAGAAGCAGACUGCCAUGUCUUUCUGCAAAGAACCAACUGGUAGAUUCGAACUGUCCACCCUUUGGUUAGUGGCCAAGCUCUUAACCACGGGGCCACCAGGGCUGUGCCAUAAAGACUGCAACCUAGGAAACCUUGUGAGGCAGUUCUAAGUUGUCAUACAGGGUUGAUAUGAGUCAGAAUCUCUUGAUGGCACACAACCAUGAUUGUACUAAGAAAAAUUCCUCCAAGCAGCUGUCUACAUGACCCCUGAAGCACACAUGCAUGCACGCUAUCAAAGCAGUGCGGCCAAAGACAGGAAAUUGGAAAAGAGACAUUAUAGAGUGGGCAGUGAAAAGGGAUUUCUGAGGGACAUGCAGCUCAAGCAGAGGAGGUAGCAUACAACUAAAUGCCCUUCUCCUUCUAUUGUUCAAUGGUCUUGAGAAAGAAUGUGUCCCAGGAAUUAACUGUAGCCCAGGAGAUCUUGAAGACAGCAAAUACAGAGGACCAGUCAGGAUGCUUCUGCAGUGGUCAGGGUGAGGAGUGAUGGUGGUAGUGCAGGUGGGAACAGUGGGCAGGCUUGAGGUGUACUUUGGAGCUUGAGCUGCCAAGAAUUGCUGGUGGAUCAGAUGUAUGGGAUGAGGGGAACGGAGAAUCAAAGGUGACUUCUAGAAUUCAGGCUACCAUGAGCGCAUGGUCACCAGAGCUAUUCUCUACCAUGUGGAAAACCAUGGAGGAACAAACUUGAGAAAAUGACCAAACGAUUUUUUCUGGACAUGUUAGAUUUGGAUGUCUGAGGUCAUCCAAGUGUGAAGAACAGUUCCCAGCUGUGGAUACCACUCAGAGGUAGAGUAGUUCCUGAAGCACACAUGCAUGCACGCUAUCAAAGCAGUGCGGCCAAAGACAGGAAAUUGGAAAAGAGACAUUAUAGAGUGGGCAGUGAAAAGGGAUUUCUGAGGGACAUGCAGCUCAAGCAGAGGAGGUAGCAUACAACUAAAUGCCCUUCUCCUUCUAUUGUUCAAUGGUCUUGAGAAAGAAUGUGUCCCAGGAAUUAACUGUAGCCCAGGAGAACUUGAAGACAGCAAAUACAGAGGACCAGUCAGGAUGCUUCUGCAGUGGUCAGGGUGAGGAGUGAUGGUGGUAGUGCAGGUGGGAACAGUGGGCAGGCUUGAGGUGUACUUUGGAGCUUGAGCUGCCAAGAAUUGCUGGUGGAUCAGAUGUAUGGGAUGAGGGGAACGGAGAAUCAAAGGUGACUUCUAGAAUUCAGGCUACCAUGAGCGCAUGGUCACCAGAGCUAUUCUCUACCAUGUGGAAAACCAUGGAGGAACAAACUUGAGAAAAUGACCAAACGAUUUUUUCUGGACAUGUUAGAUUUGGAUGUCUGAGGUCAUCCAAGUGUGAAGAACAGUUCCCAGCUGUGGAUACCACUCAGAGGUAGAGUAGUUUUCUGGGUUCUAAGAAUUUGGAGAUCAUCAGCCUAUAGCUGAUUUGAAAGCCACUGGUGGUGCGAUGAUUAUGCAUUUGGGUGCUACCAAAAGGUCUGCAGUUUGAAUCUACCAGUCACUCCUUGGAAACCCUGUGGGGAAGCUCUACUCUGUCCUAUAGGGUCCCUAUGAGUCAGAAUCCACUCGACAGCGACUUUUUUGUUUUGUUUUAAUACUAAGCUCAGAAAAGUUGUGUGUCAGGGUUGUAUUUUUUCACAAUACUUAUUCAAGCAGUUCGAAUCUACCAGCCACUCCUUGGAAACCCUAUGGGUCAAUUCUACUCUGUCCUUUAGGGUUGCUAUGAGAUAGAAUCGACUCAACAGCAAUGAACUUAGUCUUAGAGGAGCCCUUUGUCUGUCAAAGCUGAGAGUUUUACUUCAUACUUUUUAAAACUGCCAUGUCUCAUGUUACGUGGCUACCCUUACAGGAGCAUUUUUGGUGCUAACUUGACUUGUUCUUGGUGAAGGGCUCUGUAUUCAUUUUCUAGGGCUGCCAUAGUAAAUUACCAAAAACUCAGUGUCUUUAAAAAAACAUAUAAUCCAAACAGUCCAAAAAGCUGGAUUAUAUGAAGAAGAAGGGGCCUCAGGAUUGGAGGAAGACUCAUUAACAGCCUAGACAUGCAGAUGACACAACCUUGCUUACUGAAAGUGAAGACGACUUGAAGCACUUACUGAUGAGGAUCAAAGACUUCAGCCUUCAGUAUGGAUUACACUUCAACAUAAAGAAAACAAAAAUCCUCACAACUGGAACAAUAAAAAAAUCACAGUAAACAGACAAAAUACUGAAGUCGUCAAGGAUUUCAUUUUACUUGGAUCCACAAUCAACACCCAUGGAAGCAGCCGUCAAGAAAUCAAACGACAUAUUUUAUUGGGCAAAUCUGCUACAAAAGACCUCUUUAAAGUGUUAAAAAUCGAAGAUGUCACUUUGAGGACUAAGGUGUGCCUGAACCAAGCCAUGAUAUUUUCAAUCGCCUCAUGUGCAGCUAAAGCUGGACAAUGAAUAAGGAAGGCAAAAGAACAGAAACUUGAAUUAUGUUGUUGGUGAAGAAUAAUGAAUAUACCAUGGACUGCUAGAAGAAUGAACACACCUGUCUUGGAAGAAGUACAGCCAGAAUGCUCCUUAGAAAGGUGGGUGGCAAGACUUGGUCUCACGUCCUCUGGACAUAUUAUCAGGAGGAAUCAGUCCCUGGAAAAAGACAUUGUGCUUGGUAAAGUAGACGGUCAGUGAAAAAGACAAAGAUCCUCAAUGAGACAGAUUGAGACGGUGGCUGCAACAGUGGGCUCAAACAUCGCAAUGAGAAAGGCCCAGGGCUGGGCACUGUUCCGUUCUGUUGUACACAGGGUCGCUAUGAGUUGGAACUGACCCAACAGCACCUAACAACAACAUCAUAAACACACUAGAUCUCCUGGGGAUAGAAUGUCAUAUUCAGUGUAGAAUAGAUAGAGUUUCUUUGUUUGUUUGUUUACCAUAUUUACUAUCACUUACAUUUGAUAACUUCCACAUUCUGUUGGAUCGCUUUUCUUUGGAAUGGAUACAAACGUGCAUCUCUUGCAGUCUGUUGGCCAGGUAGCUAGCUUCCAAAUUUCUUUGCAUAGUGGAGUGGGCAUGAACAGUGCUGCAUCUGUUCGUUGAACCAACUCAGUGGGUAUUCUGUCAGCUCCUGGAGCCUUGUUUUUCACCAGUGCCUUCAGUGUAGCUUGGACUUCUUGCUUCACUACUACCAGUUCUUGAUCAUAUGCCACCUCAUGAAAUGACUGAAAGUUGACCAUUUCUUUUGGUACUGUGACUCUGUGUAUUCUUUCCAUCUUUUGUGUGUGUGCUUUAAGUGAAACUUUACAAAUCAAGUCAGUCUCUCAUACAAAAAUUAGUAUACAGCUUGCUAUGUACUCCUAGUUCCUCUCCCACUAAUGAGACAGCACACUCCUUCUCUCAGCCCUGUAUUCCCCAUGUCCAUUCAGCCACUUUCUGUCCCCCUCUGCCUUCUCAUCUCCCCUCCAAACGGGAGCUGCCCACAUAGUCUCAUGUGUCCACUUGAGACCAGAAGGUCACUCCUCACCACUAUCAUUUUCCAUGCUAUAAUCCAGUCCAAUCCCUGUCUGAAGAGUUGGCUUUGGGAAUAGUUCCAGUCUUGGGCCAACAGAAGGUCUGGGGAUCGUGACCUCUAGGGUUCCUCUAGUCUCAGUCAGAUCAUUAAGUCUGAUUUUUUUAUGGGACUUUGAGGUCUGCAUCUCACUGCUCUCGUGCUCCGUCAGGGAUACUCUGUUUCGUUCCCUGUCGUAGCAGUCUUCAGUUGUAGACGGGCACCAUCUAGUUCUUCUGGUCUCAGGCUGAUGUAGUCUUGGAUUUACGUGGCCAUUUCUGUCUUUUGGACUCAUAAUUACCUUGUAUCUUUGGUGUUCUUCAUUCUCCUUUGCUCCAGGUGGGUUGAGACCAAUUGAUGCAUCUUAGAUGGCCGCUUGAUAGUGUUUUUAAGACUGCAGACGCCACUCACCAAAGUGGGAUGCAGAAUGUUUUCUUAAUAGAUUUUAUUAUGCCAAUUGACCUAGAUGUCCCCUGAAAACAUGGUCCCCCUACUGCUGCCCCUGCUACUCUGACCUUUGGAGCUUUUGGUUUAUUCAGGAAACUGCUUUUGGUUUAGUCCAUUUAUGCUGACCUCUCCUUUAUUGUAUGAUGUCUUUCCCUUCACCUAAAAUAGUUCUUGUCUACUAUCUCAUUUGCGAAUAUCCUUCUCCCUCCCUUUCUCCCCACCCUCAUAACCAUCAAAGAAUAUUUUCUUCUCUGUUUAAACUAUUUCUUGAGUUCUUAUAAUAGUGGUCUCAUACAAUAUUCGUCCUUUUGCAACUGACUAAUUUCACUCAGCAUAAUGCCCUCCAGAUUCCUCCAAGCUAUGAAAUAUUUCACGGAUUCAUCAUUGUUCUUGAUCUAUGUGAAGUAUUCUAUCGUGUGAAUGUACCACAAUUUAUUUAUCCAUUCAUCUGUUGGUGGGCACCUUGGUUACUUCCAUCUUUCUCCUAUUGUAAACAGUGCUGCAAUGAACAUGGUUGUGCAUAUAUCUGUUCAUAUAAAGGCUCUUAUUUCUCUAAGAUAUAUUCCAAGGAGUGGGAUUGCCAUAUGCUAUGGUAGUUCUAUUUCUAGCUUUUUAAGGAAGUGCCAGAUUGAUUUCCAAAGUGGCUGCACCAUUUUAAACUCCCACCAGCAGUGAAUAAGUGUUCCAGUCUCUCUACAACCUCUCGAACAUUUAUUAUUUUGUGAUUUGGGAUUAAUGGCAGCCUUGUUGGAGUGAGAUGGUAUCUCAUUGUAGUUUUGAUUUACAUUUCUCUAACGGCUAAUGAUUAUGAGCAUUUCCUCAUGUAUCUGUUACCUGCCUGAAUGUCUUCUUCGUUGAAGUGCCUAUUCCUAUCCUUUGCCCAUUUUUAAAAUGGAUUAUUUGUCUUUUUGUUAUUGAGUUUUUGCAAUAUCAUGUAGAUUUUAGAGAUCAGAUGCUGAUCGGAAAUGUUAUAGCUCAAAACUGUUUCCCAGGCUGUAGGCAAUCAGUUUACUCUCCUGGUGAAGACUUUGGAUGAGCAUAAGUGUUUGAUUUUUAGGAGUUACCUAAUUUCUCUUUGGGUACUUGUACAUUGUUAGUAAUGUUUUUUGUUACAAUCCCACCCUAAUCCUCUUUAACAUAAAAUUACAAUCACAAAAUGGAGGACAACUACAGAACACUGGGAAUCAUGGCCUAACCAACUUGGUACACACAUUUUUCGGGGGGGACAUAAUACAAUCCAUGACAUCCACCUUUUAGUAUAUUUUGGGGACUGGCUCUUUUAGUCAGAAACAGGUUGAAUAAAAGUGCUUACUUACCAGCAGUUUCCCGACAGUGUUGGUGACGGAUCCCCAGUUGGAUACACACAAUCACACUGACUGCAUUUGCGGUGCCUCAGCAAGUCCCACUUGCCUUCGUAACACUGAUCUCUAGAACAAAACACAGCUCUGUAAGCAAGUCAGUUAAAAAUAAAGGCAUUGGAUAUUGAACAUCACUAAAGACAUAAGUGCAUAUUGGUUCUGUGUUGGUUGCCAGAAUCUAAUUCUCUUAAUUAAUUCAUAUUUUUUGUAGAUAUUUUUCUUGCUCCAUAUACCCAGAGUUCUGUGUACAUAUAAUGAACAUUCUACACGUAGGUUUCUCACAAAUAUUACCCAAUGUCAUUCAUUUUUUUGACCAUUCACUCAAUGUUCAAGAAUAAAUUGAAGUAUAGGAAAUAUUCUUAUGGUUAUUUAACUCUAAGGAUGAAGAAAUUGCAUAGCGGGUCUUGGCUCCCUUUAGAAAUUCUCUACCUGAUGCAGUUCCACACAGCAACACGGACCUUCAUCUCAGCACAGGAAGAAAGACAGCUUUGUCUCAAUAUCUGCCACUGCUCUUCACCUUCUACUAAGGAAACUCAGGAAUCAAAUAUUUUAUACUGUCCAGCAAUGCUUACACUGUAAGUAUAAAGUGGGAGCCAUUAUAACGUUAAGGGAAAUAUCAUUGAUACAAUGUUGGCUUUUUAAUUAGGCAGAUUUGUCUUUGUAAUCCCACUCUGCCCUUAAUUGGCUGAUGACUUUAAGUAUGCUUCUUUACUUUCCGUAGCCUUGAUUUACUCACCCACAGAAUGGGACGAUGACCUUCAUCUGGAAAGAAUAUACAUAUAUACAUAUAUACAGACGUAUGAAGCUUACUUCUGACAAUACUAACAAAUAUUGCUAUUUUUUUUUUUUUUGCCUUCUUUACUCCAAGCUUCUAGACGGUUUACUCAGUUACAUUUCCUUCCUUCCUUUCUUCUUUCUUUCUAUGCUGCCUCUUUUUUUUUCCCUUUCAGUUUUAUUGUGAAUUCAUAAACGCUAGGUUGAAUUUCAGUGUUUAUAUGCUAUUGGGGGUAUGCAUAUAAGUAAGCAAAUUUAGCUUCCUGAAAUUGAAAUGUAGGUAAUUCCUGCACUGUCUGCCUCACAUGACAUGCGAAAGUUAUUUAAAAUAGUAAGAAAAUAUAAAUAUGUUACUUAUUAUCUAUUGAAUCCAUACAUCAGGCUAGAUAAUUUAACUGUCAUGUUGAAGUGAUAAAUUUAUAAAUAUAGAUAUUAAUAUUUUGUUAUUAAUGUAAGAAGAGUAAGUUAGACACCUAAUAUGAAGAGCAGGUAAGGAUUUCAAAAGGAUUGGUUCUCAGAAGAGUAGGACUAGAACAGUAAUAAACAAAAGGUAAAAUAUGUUCGUAGCAGGAACAUACAGAAGGUUGCUUCUACAAUGGUGUUUAAAAUAGAAUAAUGUAUAUUUGAUUAGACAAUCAUUUAUGGGAAUAAAAAGAUUAAGAAAAUUUAUCCUUACCUGCAAAAUCUUAGAACCGAAAAACCAAACCAAACCCAGUGCCGUCGAGUCGACUCCACUCCUACUCAUGGCGACCCUAUAGGACAGAGUAGAACUGCCCCAUAGAGUUUCCAAGGAGCGCCUGGAGGAUUCAAACUGCUGACCCUUUGGUUAGCAGCUGUAGCACUUAACCACUAUGCCACCAGGGUUUCCACAAAAUCUUAGAAGCAGCAACAUAUUCAUCAUAUUUCAUCCAGAACAUUCCUGAUGUCCUGCAGUCAUGCAUUUAAAGUCAUUUUUGCAGAAACAUUCAUUUUUAUAGCUACUUACCUUCCUGGUGAUUACAUCAUUGGCUCAUAAAGACGAGAAAAAGAACCAAAUGCAAUUUGGCUGUCUUGACUGGGUCCCAAAGAAGACUAUUAAGUUAAACAAAUGAAUAGAAACAUCUUAAAUAAGCAAUAUCUUCUAUGUGCAACUGCUUGUGUGUGGCACCAGGAAAAUAAACACUAAUCAAGGUAAUUUUAAUUCCCAGUGAAAUGAAACAUCAUAUGGAAACAUGGGGAUUUUACUCUCCCUUGAUAAUUAUAUCAUCUAGAAUCAUCUCAUGUGAGAUUUUUAUCAUAAAGGAAGGGUCCAUGGAAAGGAGAUGCCUGACUGGAGCCCGCUGUGGAUUAUUCUUAAUUGCCUCUCCACUCUCACAUUCCCAAAAGGAAGGAGGAUAUCAGGGCUUAAUAUGACUCAAGUACAGCAUGAAAAAAUGGAAUAUGUUUGCAAAUGUCAACACAACUAUUUGUAAAAUAAUUAGAUAUUUAUUAAAUCAUUUUGUGAGAAAUGAAGUGGCUCUGAUCAGACUUAAAUAAAUGGGUUGACUAAUUUUUUUUUUGUUGUUAAUAUUUGAAUGUACCAUGCAACUAGGUUGAUGGAAGUUGUAUAUAAAAGUUAUCCAAAUCACUCAGUAGGAUCAUUUCAAAGAAUCUGAAAAAAGUUAGGAAAAUAAAUUUGAAAUACUGUGGCACUAUGAGUCAACCAGAAUUACAGAGCGUUCAGUAAAUUGGAGUAAAAAAAGAACUGAAGGUAUCAUUUUCAAGUCGAUUGUUGUUAGGUGCCAUCAAGUCUGUUCUGACUCAUAGCCAAACUAUGUAUCACAGAACAAAACACUGCCUGGUCCUGUGCCAUUCUUACAAUCGUUACUAUGCUUGAGCCCAUUGUCGCACCCACUGUGUCAGUCUCUCUCUUUGAGGGUCUUCCUUUUUUUCCACUGAUCCUGUACUGUACCAAGCAUGAUGUCCUUCUCCAGGAACUGAUCUUUCCUGACAACAUGUCCAAAGUAUGUAAGACACAGUCUCGCCAUCCUUGCUUCUAAGGAGCAUUCUGGUUGUACUUCUUCCAAGACAGAUUUGUUCCUUCUCUUGGCAGUGCAUUCAAUAUU